AUGGGAAAGAUUCGGUUCCCUAAUGCGAUGUUCGCGAUCGGCCAGCAAAUCUUCGAGGUGUGCCUGCAGCUGUCGAUCCCCGCGGUUCUGGUGGGUUGUGUGUUCGCGGGAAUGGAGUGUCUGCGCGCGGACGGCGUGGGCGACUGGGUGCGAAACCGGCUUUCUGGCUGGGGAUUGCCGCUGUUCGAAGGAGCGAAGUCGACGAGCCGGCUGCUGGAGAUGAGUCUGGAGAUCGUGCACCGGGCAUUCCCGAAGCUGGAGGUGGAGGCGCUGCACGUGGUGGACGGGGAGUUCGUGGGGAAUCUGCUGGGCUUUGUGUUCUUUUAUACGAUAAGCAGCUACUAUUUCAUUCAGUGCAUGGGCCAGUUGUACUGGCGGAGCCACCGAGCGUGGAGUGUUUGUUGCAACAAACAAGGCAUAGCACGACGCACUUCGAGGCGUCGUAGUGGGUCGUGA